AGCACUCCUCUUCUAUAGGUUUAUAAUGGAGGAAUAGGGGUUGUUUUAGGACUGCCUAGUUAAAACUAGUGAUAAUAAUACGGUUUUGUGUGCUUUGGGUUUGGGGUUGAAAGUUUUUUGGGUGCUCUUAUAUUGAAGGAAAUAUUGGGUUUCUUCUUGUGUUCUCUUCUAAAGUCAUUCCAAGUUUUAGUUUUUAGUUUUGGGCGGGAGUGUUAUUUGUUCUUGACCUCAGGUAUUAAAGUAAAAUUCCUCAAAUCCCUCUUCAGUUACACUCAACAAAUUAAGAGUUCAAAUUUCAAACUCCUCGGCUUCCUUACAAAACUCCCAGGAACAAAAAAAAAGUUCAUUUUCAAGGGACAAUGAUCGGACCAAACUUCAUCGACGAAAUAGACUGUGGCAGUUUCUUCGACCAAAUCGACGACUUGCUUGAUUUCCCAGCUGACGAUGUUGAGGCUGGUCAAGCCAACGAGGAUUGCAACUCGUUGAUCCCUAACAUUUGGCAAACUCAGCCCGAGUCACUCCCCGGUUCUGACUCAGUUUUCUCGACCAACAACAGCGCCUCGGACCUCUCGGCCGAGCUCUCUGUUCCGUAUGAAGACAUUAUUCAGCUUGAAUGGCUUUCAAACUUUGUUGAGGAUUCCUUCUCUGGUGGAAGCCUUACCAUGAAUAAAGAAGAGUCAUUCAUCAACAAGGAUUCAUCCCACCAACAAUUCCAGACCUCCAGCCCAGUUUCUGUCCUCGAAAGCAGUAGCUCCUGCUCAGGGGAGAAGAAUGUACCCCGCAGCCCAGAAACCAUCACUCCUGGCAGACGUGGACGUGCUCGCAGCAAGCGUCCACGCCCUGCCACCUUCAAUCCUCGCCUGGCAAUGCAGCUCAUAUCCCCGACCUCCUCUAUUACCGAGACCCCUCAGCCAUUCCUUGCACCAAAAGUCACUUCAGAUUCUGAGAACUUUGCAGAGUCUCGUCUUUUGAUCAAGAUACCAAAACAAGUCAAUGCAGAACACAAGAAGAAAAAGAAAAUCAAAUUGACAGUGCCUCUAGGCCCCAUGGAGGCAAAUCAAAAUCCGCCAUCACAAUCAGUGAGGAAAUGCAUGCAUUGUGAGAUAACCAAGACUCCCCAAUGGAGGGCAGGCCCAAUGGGGCCCAAAACGCUUUGCAAUGCUUGUGGUGUUCGUUACAAGUCUGGCCGGCUCUUCCCUGAAUACCGGCCUGCAGCAAGUCCAACAUUUGUUCCAUCAUUGCACUCCAAUUCUCAUAAGAAGGUGAUUGAAAUGAGAAACAAGACUGGCGAGAAGGUUGGCAUUGGGAAAAUGCCAAUGAUGGCUGCCUCACCAGAACUCAUUCCAAAUGCAAAUAGCAACCUUGCAAUGGAAUACAUGUAGGGGAGGAUGAGAGAACUGUAUUCCAAGCAGGAAUCUCUUCUCUUCACCGCGUCCCUCUGUCCUCUCAUGUUGUUUCUCUUACUGUUAUUCAUUACUUUGGUUCAUUGUUUUUUUGUACAGGGGUGGAAUGGGGAGGAAUAGGAGCAAUAGAUGACCUUAUUUUAGCUUAGUAGACGAGGGAUUGUAAUGAGAGAACUAAAAAUGGGUAGACAAAAAUGCAAGUUUAAGGAUAGAGUUUAGGUUCAGUAAUGGGUAGUAGGUCCCUAAAGUAAGUCUGUGUUGUCUCUUUUCUUUUUGCAUUCUUUUCUUUUUGUUCCUUUCUAAGGGAAUUCUUUUUGCAGUUCAUUUGUAGUAGAAAAUUCUGAGAUGAGUAAUGGAAUUUGAGAUUUGUUAUGCUUGA